ACAUCCCUGGCGUAAAAAUUCCAAAAAUACUGGCCGCAUUACCGCGCUGUGCUGCCAGUGAUAUUUGCUGGACGUUAUGAGCCAGAACGGGGACCCUAACCUCGCUCUCUUAACCGCUGUCCCAAAAAAGAAACAAAAAUAUCCGCUAUGCGCGCCGUGUCCAAGACUACCGUCUUCUCCAUCGCUUGAUCCAACCACCUAGCGAGAGUCUCUCAAGGUGUUUGCUCGAGACUCUUCGCUAUGAGACCGUUCGCUGACACGACUAUCGGGACAAUGAUCUUCGAAUCCGAGGACAAUCAAGGGUUCUUCAAAAAAGGAGUGUACAGUUUCUUUAAAGGGUCGGCAACGCGCAUGUAAUACCUCUGGUGUUGCAGGCGUCCAUAGGCUACGGUGACUGCUUACCAUCAGGCGGGCCGUAUGCUUGUUUGCCACCGUCGUGGUAUUAAAAAAAAAAAACAACAUCCCCAUGGCGGUUAUCUCGUGAGCCAAGUCUAGGUACUUACUGGACUUGUCCUUCUCGGCUUUUACGAGAUUAUGAGCUGUGUUAUUAUUAUUAUUCUGUCCCACGCUUAAUAUAUACCUGAAUUAAAUCUAUAAUUAGAUCUUUGGAGCUACAGCAUAAUUGUUAUCCACGUUCAGGUUUCAAGUUGAUGAAUAUAUUAUAUAUUUAAGUCUUUAAGACCCCCACAUUGUGUACUGUUUAUUACGUAGCUAUUUCUCGGUAACGGCGGCCUUGCCUAGUCGGUACUCACCCGAGCCUAAUCUGGGUUUGAAUCCCGGACAUUUAUUUGCGUGUUUAAUUAAGUAUCACUAGUAUUUGUUCCUGGGUAAUGGACAAAACAUAUAUUUAUGUCAGAAGCACAUGGUUAUACAUAGUUAUAGGCUAGGGUUUCCUAAUUAACCUAGAAAACUUUAAUGACACAGCAAAUAAGUGGCUUCAGUUUUAUGUGACAUAUGUUUUGAUUGUAAGUUAUUUUAAUUUUUUUAAUGCAAGAAAAAUACGAAUGAAUGGGUACUAUAAGACCCAAGAAAUAUUUAAUGAGUAUAGAAUUAGAAUAAUUUACUGUAUACAUCAAAAUUUAAUACAUUUAUUUUGGAUCAGAUCAGAGACUAUUAAUAAGAAUGCCAUUAAUAAUGUCCUCGUUUCGUCUGUUCCAUACCAAUUUUCAUAUAAUUUAUUCUAACGACUACUUUAUAAAAGUGUUAUUGUUACUGACAUUUUUUUAUGAAUAAAUAAAAUAAAAUACUUAAAUAAAUAUUAUAGAACAUUAAUACACAAAUUGACUAAGCCCCGCAGUAAGCUCAAGAAGGCUUAUUUUGUGGGCACUCAGACAACGAUAUAUUACAUUAUAUAUUUAUUAUAACGAGCCUAUUGUGUCCCACUGCUGGGCAAAGGCCUCCCCCCUCUUCUUCAACUCAUCCCGGUUUUGAGCUACGACCGGCCAGUCCCUCAAAAAGGAGUCUAAGUUAUCCCGCCAUCGCCGACGAGGUCUGCCAGAUCCCCGGUUUGACUCGUGGGGCACCCAAAUAUACACACCCAAAACUCAGGAACAAAUAUCCGUGCUCAUCGCACAAAUAAAUGUCUAUAUUUACCGGGAUUUGAACCCAGAACCAUCGGCUUCAUAGGCAGGGUCACUGGGCCAGGAAAUGGUCAUCAAUUUUUUCCGUUAAUUUCUGCAGCUCUUCUAUUUCUUUCACAGCCUAGAAACUUCUUAAAACAUCUAGAUUCCACUAUUCUUAGAAAAAUAGUUCCAUAUUUGAAGUGAAAUAACUUAUAUUUAGCGGUGCGUGGAAGUUCACGUGCAGAUAUAAGCGCGGGCCGCAGUGCGCGGCGGCAGUCGGGUCGUGCCGGGCGCGAGUGUGACGCGAGUCGUGAAAACGCUGAAAAUGAUGUGCCACAGCCGACUGGGCGCCGUGUGGGUGUUGCUGGCGGCCGCUGCCGCUGUCGAUCUGUACGAGUUGGCGCCAGAAUUCGACAACGAGCUCAUGUACCAGGACUCCAAAGACAUAGACACGGGCCCGCUCAGACACCUUCGCCGGGAUGACACGGAGACGACACGACUCAACGACCUGCUGUUGUUCAGACUGAUCAAGUCGCAUCUGCGAGGGUUACGGACGGACCACAGAAUACACAAAGACGCGCCGACGGGAGACAUCCCAAUGCUGGGCGACUCGAACAUGGCGAAGAGAUUCUUUUUAAGCGGGAGGCCGCAGCAGCGGUGGAAAUCUAAAAAGGGGAAGGUUAUAGGAUCGCAAAUGGUGUGCUACUUCAAGCUGUGUGCGUUCAGAAAUCCCGCAUAAGACGACCUCAUGACAUCGAUUAUCUAUUAAAUCAAAUCUUAAAUUUAUGUAUGCAUUAUGUACGUAUCUACGAGGAUAUUUUGUAAAUCGUCAAUUCGUAUCUUUCAUCGAUAUGUGAUUAAGCAAAUGAAGAUAAAUAAUAAGUAUUAAUAAAGUGAUUUAAUGAUCUCAA